AAACACAGCCCUGAGCUCAAAGUUUUGCACUUUGCUUUGCAGCACAUGCACAGCCAUGGCUGCGAAAUGUGCCGGCAAAAUCUCCAUGGCCUGUCUUCUCUUGGGCACUUUCAUCUGCUCCUUCCUUGGCCUUGUAAGCAGUCGGGUACCAAAGACUCCUACGAUUCAGCUGAACAGGAUCUUGGGAGAAUCUGCCUUGCUUCCUGUACAUAUAACCUCGGCCAAUACCGUGUCCAUCGUUAAAUGGAUAUUCCACCCUCGACAAGGCAAGGCAAACGACCUUGGGCGAUUCAGUGAUGGGAAAUGGAAGCGGUGGAAUACGAGCGACAGUUUGGGGCAGCGUUUGGAAAUGGUUGAUGGCACCACGCUGAAGAUAAGCAAUUUGGUGGUGAAGGACAGUGGGAACUACACGGCUCAUGUGACGUUUUCCACAGGAGUGACAGAAUCACACACAUUCAACCUCACUGUCUAUGAGCCAGUGCGGGAGCCGCAGGUCACCCAUAAACUGAUCUCCAACACGCCUGAUGGCUGCAAUGUAACCCUGCGGUGCCAGGCAUCAGGAACGGGAGACUUCCGUGUCUCCUGGAAAAGAGGGAAUCCCCUCAGAGCCCUAGACAAGAGCCCGGACUGGCACCAACUCUCUGACAACGGGGAAGAUCUCCAUCUGUUCUGGCAUCGCAACGCCUCGGAUGCCAACAUCACCUGCCUGGUGAGCAAUCCGGUGGAUCAGAAGAACAUUUCCAUCAACCUCCUCAGCCUCUGCCCAGCUGAAGAGUGACUAGAACACAUAACA